AUGAUUAUGGAUGAUAAUCAAGGCCAUAACAAUAGCAAUAAUAAUAAUAAUAAUAAUAAUAAUAAUAAUAAUAAUAAUAAUAAUAAUAAUAAUAAUAAUAAUAACAACAACAAUAAUAAUAAUAACAAUCAAAAUUAUAAUUUAAAUAAUUAUAAAAAUAGCUACAAUAAUUAUAAUAAUAAUAAUAAUAAUACAAAUGGAUUUAAAUAUCAACAACAAUCAACACAAUAUCACCACCAACAAAUUGAAGAUUUAUCAUUUGAAGAUUUAAUGUUUGGUGAGUCACCAUUAGAUAAACAAAAUGAUCCAUUAUAUGUUGACCAGGAUUCACCACAAAAAUAUGACCACAGAGUUAUAAGUGGUAUUAAUAAUAAUAAUAAUAAUAAUAAUAUUAAUAAUAAUUAUAAUAAUAAUAAUAAUAAUAAUAAUAAUUUAAUUGGUGGAUUAUCAAAUUCAAUGAUGUCAUCAUUAAAUAUGAUGAUGAUUGGUAGUGGUAGUGGGGCAAUGAUUGGAUCAGUUUAUGAUUCACCAAAUUUAAAAGGAAUUAAAGGUGUUUUAAAGAAAGAGAAAAGACCAAAAUCAGAUAAAUCAGAUAGACAUGCAGUGUUAAUUUCAACCAAAGGUGAUAAGAUUAAUUUAGCUAUUCUAUUGAAACAAUUGGAAGAAUGUGGAGCAGUUAGAGCACAUCAUUUCAGAGAGAGACAAACCUUUGGAUUCGUACAAUUUCUCGAUAGUGACAGUGCAGACAAUGCCAUCGAUCUAUUGAACAAUCAAGACAUCGAUGGUCAAAUCAUAACGGUAGAGCGUAUCAAAAGAAUUACACCAGGUAAGGAUCCAAGAAUUGCAAGUGUAGGAUCACCACAAUGCAGCUCCCUUCCAACCACACUACCAUCCAUGAUUGAAAAUAAACCAGACUCAACACUCGUUCUAAAGAAUUUACCAUUCAAUUUGAAACAAGUCCAACUCCAAGAGAUCUUGGAGGGCAUCAACCCAUCGGCACCACAAUCUGUAAAUUUCCACUAUGAUAACAUUGGCGUCUUUAGAGGUAUGGCCUUUGUAAAGUAUAGAUUGGUCGAAGACGCCGUCAAAGUAUUCGAUGCUCUAAAUGGUACCGAUGUACAUGGUCGUAGAGUACGUUUGGAGUACAAACGAAAGGUAUCCAAAUCUUCAGAGAUCCCUCAAGAGGUAUUGGAGGAUGAACAACUUCGUAGGGUUUGGGAGCAACUAAAAGAGUUUAAAGAUGACCCAUUGGCAACCGAAAUCACUUUCAACUCUUUUACUGGCGUUCAAAGAAUGUACAUUCAUAAUAUGGCUGAGAAAUUAAAGUUAUCUCAUACCUCUGUUGGUGAAGAACCAAAUAGGUCAAUCGUUGUAACAAAUAAAAAAUCUUUAAUGGGUACUCCAACUCAAGAUUCAAUUUUAUUAUCAUCUUCUCCUCAUCAAAUUGGUGUCACUCUCGGUAGUGGUAGUACUGGUAUACCUGCUACAACCCCCUCUUCAACUUUAAAUAAUAGUCUUGGUAUUUCAAAUCCUUCAAGUUUUAGUAGUAAUUCUUUUAAUAAUAAUAAUACAAAUAAUCUUAUAAAUUUAAGUAAUAAUAGUUUUAAUAACAAUAACAAUAGUAAUACUGGUAGUUUAUCAACUACUCCAACUUCAAUAGGUGUUGGUUUAAUUUCAUCAUCUUUAAGUCAAACUCAAAAUCAAACUCAAAAUCAAACUCAAAAUCAACAAAAUCAAAUUCAAAAUCAAACUCAAAAUCAACAAAAUCAAAAUAGUAUUAGUUUUAAUAGUACUAUAGGUUUUAAUAUAAACAGAGUAAAAUUAAGCGGUAAUAAUAACAAUAAUAAUAAUAGUAACGGCAAUAGUAGUGGUGUAGGCACAACAGUUUUAAAUAGUCAUAUUGGUUUCAAUGUUGUAAAUCCAAUUAAUGGAAUUGGCGCAAGUGUAAAUAAUAAUAACAAUAAUAAUAAUAAUGGUUCAACGACUCAAACCCCAAAUAACUCAUUAAAUAAUAGUAAUUUCAUGUCAUUUAGUAACAUUGGUGGUGAUUCUAAAUUUGGAUCAUCAUGGGAAAAAUCAUCACCAAUUAACCAACAACAACAGCAACCACCACAACAAACAGCAAGUUUUUUAACUAUCAAAGGAUUCCGAGAUAGAUCCUAUUCAGCAUCAGCUAUAUCAUCAGAUAUUGAUCUUUCAUCUCCCAAUUGGAGAAAUACAAAUUCAUCAACAGCAAAUUCAUUUGGUUUAAUUGGUUCAACUUCCAAUAGUAAUACUAGUAAUAUUACUAAUGGUUUUAAUAUUUCAAAUAAUAAUAAUAAUAAUAAUAAUAAUAAUAAUAAUAAUAAUAAUAAUAAUAAUAAUAAUAAUAAUAAUAAUAAUAAUAAUAAUAAUAACAACAACAAUAAUAAUAGUAAUAAUAUCAUUAUUAAUAGUAAAAAUAAUAAUUUUAAUAGUAAUAAUAUAUUAUCACCAACCCCUCCUUCAUCUUAUAACAGUCCAAUUACUAUUAGUAGUGGUAUUAAUGGUAACAAUAGUUUUAAUAAUAAUAAUAAUAAUAACAGUAGUGGUAUUUUCAUUCCAAAUUCAUCACCAAAUAAUAUAAUAAGUAAUAAUAGUAUUAAUUUUAGUGGAAAUAGUAAUAGUUUUAAUUCUCCAAUUUUACGUCAACCAAGAGGCCCAGAUGGAACAAAAGGAUUUUCUGAUAAUUAUCGCGCUACAAGAAAAUUGGGUCAAAGUCCUGCCUCUUCUUCACCAUUAAUUAACUGA